AUGCGGUAUGGAGCCAAGGAAGAGUCUACUGAGGUAGCUCAUGAACAACCAGACUCUGAGAAAACUUAUGGUGAAUGGGAAAGUCAUAGAAAUCAUCUCAAGGGUAGACCUCUAAAAGAUACUACUGAGCCAGAUACUCAGCCCACUCCUCUACCCGAUCUCAAAUCCAAGAUUGAUUCUACUCUCUUUGAUCUUGAAGAAGGGAAAGAGAAUGGUAUCAAGGUUCUUAAACUAAAGGCUAAGACUGAUACUAAGGUUACCGAGCUCGCAUUUGAUGGUGUAUCACUAUGGCAGGGUAGGGAUCCAAAGGAUGCCUGUUCCUUGGUCUUCUUCUACCUUGGACCAAAUAAUGACCCAGUGGCUGCCUUGUAUAGAUUCAAGAGAGACGGAAAACUGAUUGAAGGUUACCGUCAAUUCUCUGGUGGGAAGUGGUUCCGAGUCAGUGGAGCUGUCUUCAAGAAAUUGAUAGGGAAGAAUACCCCUGUUACAAAACAUGAAGAACCAUCUAAUAAUGAGGGAUCGAAAUAUGUUCAACCCAAGGAGGAAGUAUCUAAAGAGACUUCUGCAACAGAAGCACUCACUCAAAGCAGUGAAUAG